UGAUGAGUUCCGAGUUGGUCACGGGGUAAGCGUAAGGUCGCUCGCGAGGCAUGGUCAAAGAUAGUGGGUCUUAUUGAAUAAUAUGAUAAUCGUAAUCACACCGGCCCCCCGUCUAUUAUGCCCGAAGUAUCGGUGCCGAAAUGCCAAGCACCCGGCAGCAGACAUGUGGAGUAGGACGAACCACGAGUGCUGUUAUCUGUUGUUGUUCGAUCACACACUCGCAACACCAUGGGAGCAGAGUAUCAGCCACCACCACGACGUACAGCGCCUGCGCCUGCUGCAUCCACCCCCUCGCCAGAGAAGAAAUCAUGGAAGGACAAGAUGAGGGCGGCGGGCAAGACUGCCGUGGAUAAAGGUAUGGUCAUUAGUGACAAGGUCGGUGGGAGGGUCAACGAUAUCGCGGAGAAGAGGUUGGGAACGGAGAGGUUUUGGCCGACGACAGGGGACUUUCCACAAGAGAUGGAAAAGGCAGCGAGGAUACUGACGUCGUUCACAGUCGACGGGGUCGUGACCGAGGUGAAGGACGAAAGCAAGCUGGGGAAAAAGGUCAAAAUGCUACGAAAGAUCCCCGCCAAAGUGUUCAAGGACUGUAAAGGCGUGGCCAUCUUCACAGCCAUGCGCACGGGUAUAGCACCUCUGGGCGGUGCAGGCGGCGCAGGUAUAGUCAUUGCAAAGCUGGAAGAUGGAUCUUGGUCUGCCCCGGCCUCCAUCACGCCAAACAAUCUGUCCACGGGGUUUCUGAUCGGUGUCGAUGUAUACGACUGCGUCCUCAUAAUUCGAGAUCAAAAAGCACUCGAUUCGUUCCGUACGCACAAGUUCACUCUUGGCGCGGAGAUUGGGGUCGCCGCGGGUCCAUAUGGAGGUGGAAGAGCUGUCGAGGCGGGGAUCGAAAAGGCUCCGGUGUUGAGUUACGUCCGCUCCAAGGGGAUGUACGCUGGAGUCGAGUUGGUAGGGCAGGUGUUUGUGGAGCGAUUCGAUGAGAAUGCGAAUAUGUACCACUGGCCGGGCGUCAAGGCGGGUGAUAUCCUCGCGGGCAAGGUCAAAGUGCCGCAAGAGGCGGGAAAUCUGAUCAUGGCGCUGAUGGAAGCGGAGAGUGGGAGAGCACAGCAAGAGACUGGUGCGAUGGACGUCAUGAUCGGCGCCGGCCCGCAUGGGGAGGAUGUGCCUGUGGAUGACGAGGGUGUGGAUGUCGACGAGGAGAAGGGGGAGAUGGAACAUGGUAAUCCAGAGGGGAAGCCGCCCGUCCUUCCACCACGCGAGCCGGCCUUGAGCUUGCAGCCUCCGCCACUACAUCCGUCUCGAAAUCCGACGGGAGAGCUCAUGCGACCGCCACUUGGGACGCAGCAUUCGUCGGCCUCGCAUUAUUCUGAUAUGAACGAGGCGGAGCCCGCGCCGCCACUGGAUCAGGUCAGGGAGGUCUCAGCACGGAUGGACGGGACACACAUUAAUGGAUUCGAUGAGAAGAAUGGACAUGCCAAGGAGAAUGAUGUGGGGGCGGUAUACCGACAGGAAGGCGAGGCGCCACCGCCCGAGUAUGAUGAAUCUUUAAGAUAGACAAACCUGUGACGCGUUUCAUCUCAUUUCAUUCCAUGCAUCAUGUUCUUCAAAAAGGCAUUGUAUGCUGCUGUCGUGGUGGUGGGGACUUAUCCCGUUAUACUGACCCUGCUGUGCAUACCAACGCUUCAGCGAGAGCUGCUGUUCCUGAACCGGAUCAAAUUUCCAUUCUUUGUGAAUUAUGAUCGACCCGAAGAUCU